UUUAAGUUUAUUGAAAAAUGACGUGGCAUUUGUUCUUUAUUUGCGUAUUUUUGUAUUAUACAAGUGUCGGUGCUGAAUCCUAUGAAAAAGUGGUUGCAUUUAGGAAGUGUUGUAUUGAGAAUCAAAGUUUAGUUAGAUCAUUUGAAGUCAACAAGACCGAAAGUUUCGUAUGCCUAGACCGGUCCACUAUUGAAGAUAAUUAUAAUAUUUCUGCAUCUCCACUCCUGAUAGGUGAGAAUGUUAAUACUGUAUAUGGCACCCCGGUGUGUGACCAGAUGGAAUUGUCUCAAGUGACUGCUACUGAAUUCGAUUCUGAUCAAGACCAUCGUUGCUAUGACAGACUGAUAAUAGAAACGAUAAACGGCACGAUUAAACAGAACAUACCGAAAAUUGUUGCUUUAACUUGCGCGAAUUUUAAAAAUAAUACGAAGAAUCUCAUGAAAUCAAAGCUAACGGUAGAUCGCAUCAAGAAAUGUUGUCCAAAAGGUCAAAGCUACGAUCCGAAAUAUCAUUUUUGUAGGCUCAGCGACUCGGAAAAUAAUGAACAGACGCUAAUAAAAAGAUUAAACUUGAGUUCAGAUCAUAUUUAUGAAGUUGAGAACGAGUUACAUUGUAAAGCUGUUGAAACCGGUAUUGAAUUGAGUGAAGAGAAAUUUUCGUUAGUAGUAGAAGGAAGUAACUUAAUUGUGACCAGAAAAUUUUCAGAAAAGAGUCAUAUUGCACACCCCGGAGAAUGGUGCAUAGAUCGCAUGUUCCCCGGGGAAAGUCUCAUUGCUCGAAUGUGCUCAAACAGCUGUUCUGAUUUUGAUGCGUUUUGUGUGAAGAAGUGUUGUCCUGUGGGACAGCAUUAUAAAACGUUGCGAUGCGGAAGUUUUGUCAGUAGAUGUGUGCCGAAUAAGGAUAGCGUGGCGUUUAAUAUUUCGAACUAUUUGGACGAAUUAAAGGCUAAUUAUGAUGAUAUCCCGGAUGUGCUUGGGAUCCGUUCAGACUUGCUGUGCUCCGCCGGAAGAGUGGCACUAAACAUAAGUGCUGAUUAUGACAAACACGAAUUGACUCGAGAUGGAUAUCUUCGGUCUGCUAUAAGCGAUCAUGGUGAUUACUGUUUUGAGACAUUCGAUAGUAGACAGUGUCCUGGUGGUGAUUUGACCGUUACCGCAGUCACAUGUUUCGUCAAACCGCAGAUGAAAAAUUUCCAAGUAUCUUUUGUGCUUAUUAGCAUAUCGAGCGUAUGUCUGGCAUUGACGUUGUUGGUGUAUUGCGCUUUGCCAGAAUUGUGGAACCUACACGGUCGCACCUUAAUCUGCCACGUUAGUAUGAUGUUGCUGGCUUUCACCUGCCUCGCAAGGGUUCAGUAUAAAGAAGUUGCUGAUAAUAAACUCUGUACAUUGCUGGGGUACGGGAUCUACUUUGGAUUCGUAGCGGCAUUUGCUUGGCUUAACGUCAUGUGCCUCGACAUCUGGUGGACAUUUGGGAGUGUGAGAAUGGUGCAACCUUUGAGGAAGUCAGGAGCCGAGUGGCGAAGAUUUCUCUGGUAUUCGUUGUAUGCGUGGGGUUUUGCGAGCAUCCUGACCCUUGUAAUGUUUAUUCUCGACGAGUAUCCUAUUGCAAUAGAACUUGACGCCAACAUCGGCAGCGGCAUGUGUUGGUUCGGCUCACUGCAAAACGAGCGGUCAGAUUGGCCUCACUACAUUUUCUUCGUGAUUCCGAUGGGUCUUGUGACAUGUACGAAUUUCAUCCUGUGGGUGUUGACGGCGCGGCAUUGCGCUCGAGUCAAGUCCGAGGUCCAUCGGCUGCAGGCGGGCUCGGUUGGUGACCGCGCUAAGCGACGUUUCCGUAUCGACAGAGCUAAGUACCUUUUGACCGGAAAACUGUGGGUGGUGAUGGGAGCGGGAUGGAUAUCGGAGCUUCUUUCUACUAUCGCUUCAGAACCAAAGUGGCUUUGGACCAUCGUUGACCUUCUGAAUGAACUACAAGGAGUCUUCAUAUUCCUCAUACUAGUGUUCAAGCCUAAGUUGUACUACCUAAUCCGAAAGAGACUAGGUUGUUCACGGAUACCGAUAGACCCAAGGCUGGAGAAACCGGAUGCUCAGAAGAAUGGCGGUACGUCAUCUGGUCGUACAUCUUCCACCUUUCUGUCGAGGACCAUCAGCAAUGACGAGCGCGCCAAUCUCCGAGUUUCACAACUUAACACCAAGCAAGCUUAGCUUUGCAUUUGAAUGAUGAAGCACUGCAUUUUAAUGAAAUCGGAUCGGAAAUUCACACAUUAUCAUCCUUAGUGUUAACUUUCAUGUUGUGAUGAAAAAAGAUUUUGUUAUUAAUUGAAUUUCACUUAUGUGUAUAAAACUCACUUUAGACAGUACCAAUAUCGUUAAACAUCGUAAUAUGCCUUAACAUUUCCCAUUUAUGAAAGUAGAUCGAAUAUUCAUCCCGUGAAACUAAUAAAAUUCAUUCCUUAAUGAUUCUUUAACAGAUUUUUGAAAGGUUCACUAGGUUUAGUUUAUAGAUUUUUGUAAUGGCAGCAUUCUCUACGCGUU